AUGCGGUUGUAAUAAGUGGGUAUUAUCGUGAACCUGCUCAAAAAUAUACUGGUGGGAAAUGUCGAAAACUUGAAGGUCUCGAUGAAAUAUGUGAAGAUAUCAAAAUACAUCAUACGACUGGACUUGCUUACUUAACUUGUGGUGACGAACAGAGUCGUAAAACCAAAUGGUUUCCACCGAAUGAAGACUUUUCGCUUCAUGGUUUUGGGAUGUAUGAAGAUCCGGCAGAAUCCG